AUGAGCAUUGUGUCGGUUCCACGGUUUUCUGUAAGCUCCUUAGAGGCUGGGAAUGGUCCACGGUCGUCAUCACAUAUAUCGAGGUCGUUUCUACUAGAGGAUCGCGACUAUGAGGACUACAAACGGGCUGGAACUAGGGGAAAUUUAGCUGCACUCUUCAGAUGGAUUGGAAUUGGGCCUAAUGGAGUUACAGAUGGUUGUGCUCUCACAAAGACAUUAAUCUUUACAUUUGUCCUGUCUUGGAUUUUUGUCGUAUUAUACAUAAUAAUAUCGGAUGACAGGACACCUCCGCACCAACUUGCAUCAACGGUAUUAAACAGCAGAACCUCCUCUAUACUAGUCAAAUCAUCAAAUCAAUCCAAGAAUAUUCUACCUCCAUCCAUCGUCAAUCUCUACCUAAAUCACAGGACAUUUGCUACUUCCACACCACCCUCAUUACCCAAAGACAAUUCAACUUUUAAAUCAGCCUUAUUCGCCCUAGGAACUGGUGUAGGAGCUGCUGUAACUUAUUACAUAUUGUUUGAACCACCAGCUCCACCAACAAAACCUGUAUCUGCGCUAGAAGACGCCAUGUCGAGAGUACCUGUAGGUUUGACUCCUCAGCAGAUUGAUGUUCGCUUAAGGGCUGCUGAGACUCGUGUCAAGGUGGACAAGGCUGAUGCAAGAGGAACUAUGGUGGCUGGAUUUGAAUUGAGUGUGGUUAACAGUAAUGACCCCAUAGAGGAUUACCACGAUCAAAGAAAGACACCAAAUGGAAUGAUAUUCGCGCAAGUCUCUGUUUUACCAGCUGUAUACGAUGGUCACUCAGGCACAGAAUGUGCAGAAGUGUUAUCUCACUAUCUGUCAUCAUACGUAGCAGCAGCCAUAAAAGCCAUACCCAGAUCAAGCAACAACAACAGACAACAGGCCAUAUCAGACGCCAUCUCAUCAGCAUUCAUAGCCAUGGACAAUGAUAUAGCACGGGGAGCCAUAUCUCUAGAUCCAAACUAUAAAGGCGCCUUCCCAUACUCUAGAGAUAAAGUACACGCUGCUUUGAGACCAGCGAUGGCAGGCUCCUGUGCCCUAUUGACGUAUAUAGAAGGAACCGAUGUAUACGUCGCAUGUACAGGGGACUCGAGAGCCGUACUAGGUCAAUUACGUGCCGAUGGAACAUACCAAGCACUACCAUUAUCCGCAGACCAGACGGCGUCUAACCCAUCAGAGCAUGCGAGAAUGUUGGAAGAACAUCCAGGUGAACGUGAUACUGUGCUUGUCAAUGGACGUGUCCUUGGGUACCUUAUGCCAACAAGGGCAUUCGGAGACUGUAGAUAUAAAUGGCCUGCCAAAGUCGCUGAAGCUGUUAUACCACCAAUAUUUGGACGCUCUGUAGCCCGAAACUAUUAUACACCACCAUACGUCACCGCUCGUCCCGAAAUAAUUCAUCAUACCAUCGAGCCUGGACGAGAUCGAUUCUUGAUUAUGGCUACUGACGGGGUAUGGGAUGAAUUGUCUUCUGACGAAGGUGCCGAUCUUGUAGGUCGUCACUUGUCGAAAAUAGGGGCUUCUCCACCUGCUACUGCAGCUGCUGAUGAAGGGAUAGUUGUCGAAGAAAGAAAUUAUGCGUAUAAGGAUCGUAAUUCUGCUACUCAUCUUAUUCGGAAUGCGUUGGGUGGUGCUGAUGAAGUACAGAUGGGUAAAUUAUUGGCUAUACCGCCUCCAUAUUCAAGGAGGUUCCGUGACGAUAUGACGGCCAUAGUCGUUCACUUCCAUGAUGGUGUGUUCACGACUGGUGGUAAUGGUGGUAGCGGUAAUGGCAGUGGUGGUGGAGGCAAGCCCAUUCGCGACAUUGAUUUGAGUCUGACUGGCCCAAAGAAGCCAAGGAUUGAUCAACUGGCGGAGUGGAGUGCUGCAAAUUUGCCUCCUGGUAUAGCUGGUAAGAAAUCGAAGGCAAGCAAAGAAGGAGUCGCUGCGCGGUUGUAA